AGAAGAGAGAGAAAUCGCAAACACACACACACACCUCAGACCUCAGACAUGCCCAUCGCGGAAGCGAUGAUAGCGAACAGCUAUGUUAGACAUAGUAACUUGUGCUGGGAUUACACCAUUCAACAGCUUGCAAGGCUGACACACACACAAACACACACACACACACAUAAGUCACCUACAUGUACGCAUCGUGACAGACUCACAAUGACACACAGCCCUUCACAGCCACGUGAAGUGUCUGGCACUCUGCACCUUUCUCCGGGCGUAACAUGCACCAGAUUGUGUGACUACACAGUGUGAAUCACCAUUCACACUGCAUUUUCCACAUAAACCCAACCAUGACCUUAUGACAGCCUUUCAUUGUCGUUUGAAUGAUUUGUGCUGGAUCCAAAUCACAAAAUGGCCAUACGUGUAUAACUCUAGCAUGUAAAGUGUUCCUGGAUAAACGCCCUCUUUAACCAUGCUUUCCGCUCGAAAAACGAAAAAGAAGAAGAAGCGGCUGAUUAGACAGAGACGGUUGUCUGCUAUAGAAGAGGAGUCAGAGGACUGUGCGAGGGGGAGCAAUGCUGAAGGUGUAGUAGGCAGCGAAGAGAAUGAGGGUGGCUUUAAUGGUGGUUGCCGGGCAGACAGCGGCGUGAGUGAACCAAACAGUGAUGAUGUUGCUGCUGGUGCUGAAAUGGACGCCAGCACUGAACCAGAUAGAGGCGACGACAUGCCUGCAAGCACUGGUAAAGCUGAAUUACCGGAGGAAGAGAAGAGGGCCGCACCAGCAGCACGUGCAUGGCAACGAGAGCAGCAGCGACUCUACAGAGACGGGCACGAUGAGUUUGGACGGUGCGAUGACGAGUCGCCUGCCGAUCUGCUGCAUGAUAGCGCAAAGCUGCGCGCCGAGGAAGAGGAAGCCGUUCAGUUCAUCUACGAGGACAUCUUGCGCCGUGAGCUGGAGCAAGCGCACGAGCACCAGGUUGAGGCGUACGAGGCAAAGUCACACAGGGGACGCAUACGCAUUCGCGAACGCGAUCGGCAGAAAAGGGACAUCCUACGCGAGGAGCUGGCGGGCUCCGAAGACGGAAUUCGCACUAAACGUGUCACGUGCAACGUCAAUGGCAUGACAGUGAUGUGUGAACGAUUCGAACUGGAUGCCGACGACUCCGAGGCAGACUUGAAGGAGGCAGGCGCUAAGUUGGACAAAGUCGAGUCGCCGCUUUGCUCUGCGCUCCCCGUAAAUUUUAAAGUCUGGGAUGAACACGACUGUGAGAUUAGAGAGGAAUACGAUAUAUCCACCGUCCUUGCCCACUUGAACUUCCACCAGAAGCGAGCCGUGUUGGAUUUGAUCGGCGGCGAUGAUCUAGAGUUUCAGCAGCUGGCAUUGCGCCACAAGGCUAGCAGGGGCAGGAAACCGAUAAUGGACCACGACGACAUACGCCGCCUCAAGGCCACACUACACAAGUUUGCCGUGACGCAGAACGAGCCGGGGUUCACGGACGAGUGGGACAGGCGUUCCUACUUCUACCCGCCCAUUAUUCCAACCCGUACAAUUGCGCCGUGCCCAAAAAGGCCCGGCAACCGUGCAAAAAGGCCCGCGAAGCCCUCACCCGAAGUCCCAAGCGACGAUUGCGUUGUCACAAGAGUCCCUACCGGUCCUAAUGCUGAUAAUGCGCUGAAGAGAUUUCUACGAGAAUGCCGUGGCAACAUAGACAAUGAAGUGAGUACAAAUCAGGGAGAAGAAGGCGUGCUGAACGCCAACGGAGGCUGGAACAGGGAGGACAGAGAGCCAAUGGCUGUGCCUGCAGUGGAGUCUGUGGAUGGUACAACGUCGGAUGGUCGUCCUAAACAGUGCGAGCACCACCGGGCGCAUGGCAAAGGGCAAGACACUCCGGGAUGUGUACACUGCAAUCUAUUGAACAGCCGCCGGCAGGGUGUAUGUCCGGGGACAGCACCGCUGCCGGUAAGUGAAGUACCACCAGAAAUGAUCGGCAGUUCACAGCCCCAUGACCAAGAGCAGCCGGAGCAACCUAGGAAGAGAGUGCGUUUCAACGACGCAGUAGAGUGCGUUGGUGUUACGCCGCGUGCUGAGAAGAUAUCCAGGUGUGCGCAAGAGAAGACUUUGAAGACUGAUGGCGGAAAGAAUCAGAAGAAUCGUGCCAAGGCAGCAGGUCGAAAUUCGCCGCAGGGGGUGUCGGGUGAAGCUCUAAUGAAGCUCAUGGCCGGUGAUAUCAAAUCGUGGCUGAUGGAUUCACACAAGAUUAGCGGUGCUGGCUCUGGCUUGCAGUCACGCAAGACGGAGCCCAGGAUACCAGCGCAUUUUCAGGGUGAUAAGGGCGCUCUGCGCGAGCACCCCAGGACUGAGCUGCUGAUGAAGCAGAAUGAAGUCGAGGAAUUCGACCGCAACUUGGACCAGAGAAAAGAGGCAUUCAAGGAGAAGAUGACGCAGCUUGCAGAAAAGAGGAAACUUGUUGACGAGGAGGAAGUAAGAUUGCAGAAAGAGAUCAUCAAGCAAACCGCACACAUCAAGUACAAUGAUGAAAAGCGCCAGAAAGCGUUGCGCAAGACGCAUGACGAGCAGCUGCUAAAUAAGGUCAAGCAGGACGAGCUGCAAGCGCUGCAAGACAAGGAGACAAUGUUGCAGAGAAAACUACAGACUCAGGAACGUAAAUUGCAGAAACUGAUGAAGUUUGCAGUAUACCUGGACAAGGUGGUGGACGAGUCUGAAGCCUACACGGAAAUUGCGGAUAUCAUGGACCGGUACACGACGCUGCAUACGACCUACCGAGAUCUUUUGGCGUUGGACACUGAAAACCAAGAUGCGGUGGAUGCUAGGAGGAAGGAGUUUGCCCAAGUGAAAGAGGUCCGCAGCAGUGAGGUGCUCGCCCUGACAAAUGAACUGGCAAUACUGCAGGCUAAACUGGACACUCUGCAUCAGUCAAACUCGAAACUUGACAGCGAGUGGCAGCACAUACGCAACACGGCAGCCAAGCAGACUCUCACCCUCGGCCAGUUGAAGCUGGCCACAUCUAACCUGUAUACGAUGAUCAACAGUCAUAUGGGGUCACAUCGCUACAAGGAUGGUGUCACGUUUGGCAAGAUGCUAGAGAGGAUCGACGUGUUCAUCAAGGAUUUGACGGACAUCACAACCAAGACUGCCGGCGCUGAUAUUGGCUCGACGUCUUCCAUUGCUCUGGGCAUGGGUCAGAGUCCCAGGGCGCAGGCCACCCUCGGCGCCGGAGGCCGAGCUGCCCAUGCCGAUCGGAAAAAGCAACCGGUCGCUACGGCGACCGCGGCAGCCGCCACAACCACCGCAUCAGCGGCCAGCGGGUCCGCCGGCUGGAGUGUGCGCAGCGCUAAAAGCGCGGGCGACACGUGAAGCAAGAUGUCGUCAACUGUAGGUGUGAUGUCAUCAGCUGCAGGUGUGAUGUGGUCAGCUGUGGGUAUGAUGUCAUCGGCUGCAGGUAUGAUGUCAUCGGCUGUAGGUAUGAUGUCUUCGGCUGCAGGUAUGAUGUCAUCGGCUGCAGGUAUGAUGUCAUCGGCUGUAGGUAUGAUAUCAUCAGCUGUAGGUAUGAUGUCGUCAGCUCUAGCUCUAUAAUAGAAUUCGCACUGCUACUCGGUCAUGCGCAGAUGUGGUGGGGAUAUCAAACGUUUCUUUGAAGGAAAGCGGCAGUUUUGGUUGUCGUGUUUUUACAGUUCUUAGGUGCGACAAUGCACCAUGAAUGGUUUGCCCACGUUGGACUAUGCAGAUCUUGAGGGGGUAAAUUGCCCCGGGCCUGUCUUGAAUAUUCACCCCAAAUUAUAUUAUUACUUACAUGAUAAGUCCUUGACCUCUUGGCUCCUAUUCGGAGGGGGACCUUUUAGCGGUGUGUACAACAAGUGUUGUGUUUUGGAUGGCCCUUUUCCUUGCCCAAAGGAUACUUCAGGGCAAUGAUGCAGAUCUUUCGCAUUGAAAUCAUGCACGACCAGUCCCAACAGGCUGGGUUUGAUUUGGAAUAGCACUUGACUGAGACAGUGACUUUGAGCUAUGCGUGGAGAAAUGCAGCAGGGUGCCAUCCUGCCAUGGCCGGUUGCAACGAUUGCCGGCAUCCUGAUCCUGGAUUCAAUCUUACCACCCGCACUCUGCCACGAACAUUUGUGUAAAGUACUGUCGAAAUAGAUAUGCAUUGCUACCAGUGUGUGGUUUGAUUACAUCGUAUAUUUCUUCUUGAAGUACGAUUUCACAGUAUCACAUUCAAUUUAAAAAAAACUCUCUGUGCAUUAUCACAGAACUGAACAUUUUACUUGGUGUUAUCCGGCUUCUUGGCAUUCAUGCAUGACUGCCCAGUCAUAAGGGGCCAUCCGUAAAUACCGAUAUUUAUUUAGAAACGAAAACUAGUCAUUUCUCUUCAACCCCCCUCCCUCAGAAACGAACACAUACAAACGGUGCAUGGUAUCGAUAUUAUUUUUUCUUCUGGACGUUCCUACACACACACAAACUGUGCAUCGAUAUUUUCGAGAAACGAACAGGCGCUCAACCCCCCUCGACGACUAGCUUGCAUUUCUAAAUAAAUAUCUACUGGAGUAUUAUUACUAUUAAAGCAGUCGUGAGUCAGUCAAGUGUCAAGUUCGGCAAGAAGCGUGUGCUCCUCGUUGGAGCAACCAA